CAAACUCUUAGCGUUCACUGAAACACCGGAAGUUUAGAGACCGCGCGAAAAUGUCGUCACUUCCUGUUUUGCGAAGCGGUUCGGGUUGGCGCGAUUGUUUUUGGAGCAAAGCGAUUCUGAAAUGACUUCUCGAGCAAUGUGAGGCGUGUACUAACCCUCAGAGAUGGAGACGAAUGCCAUAGAUGAGCUUUAUGGUGAUCUUGGUCAGGGGCAUCAUGAUUCUGUCCUGAAUUGUGAUGAAGACUCGGUGGAUAUUUACUCAGGACUUGAGGACAGUCCCAAGAAAAAUAAAGACAACGGCAAGGACAGCACUUUUCUUUCCCCUAGAGUGAAAGAGUCGUUGGAUUUGUAUGAGGAACUCAUUACUGAAGAGCAGGAGGAGAAAGAUGCGACCUAUAAUGAGUUGAAAAGUAAAUUUGUUGCAGCACAAAACCAAGUGCAGGAUUUGCUUGCAAAGUUGCAGCAGAUGCAAACUAAGAACUCAAGUUUACACCAGGAGAACACUCUGCUGAAGAAGAACAUAUGUGCACUUAUCAAAACGGCUAAAAUGGAGAUUGUUAGGAAGGAUGAAGAGAUAAGCAAAUUAAGCAAAAGAUCAAGUCGGGGUAGUUUCCAUCCAUCUGCGAGGGAAAGAGGACAAGAUGCCUACAACAGGAGCUUGGCGAGUUUGAACAGCCCUGCUGGUCCUGUAAGGGAGUCUCAGGAUCUUAAAAGAGACAAGGGAUUAACAGAGGUGUCAGAGGGUAGACCAUUAAAUCAGCCUGGUGAUUCAUCCUCGGUGGAUGCCACACUGUCAUCGUCUGUGGUGCUGCAAAGAUGCACCAGGAGCAACCUUGAGAAUCCUUUAAAUCGGCAAAAUAAGGAUUCUCAUGGCUUGGAUUUACCUUCCAACCCCACUGCACAAGAUCACAGACAUGCCCAGGAUAGUAGAACGUCUUGUAGCAAAGAAAGGGAAAGCUCAAGCACGAACUCUGAGACUAGCAGUAGGCAGAACGUUUGUGAUGAAACAGAUAGCAGGAAGGGAGUGAAACAGUCUGGUAAAGAGAGGAGCUCAAAAGAGAAGGACAUAUCAGAAAAAUCUCAAACCAAAACAGAUAAAAACAGAUCAGAAAGAGAUCAGAGGGAGUCUGCAAAAAGCAGUUGUGGAUCAGGCAAUGGUCAACGUCACCAGCAUGAUGAUCCCGUAACGCUCAAGAGAUCUGGCCGGUCGAGGAGUCCUUCCUCUCAUCCACGACAUACCUUCUCAUCUACCCCCGAUUCGUCUAGAUCGAAUGCAGACACGCAGAGCAGGAAAGAAGAAUUCCGGCAUAAGCAAGGACAAGAAAGACAAAGUGGACAUACGGAGGUGUCUGGCAGUAGAAGUGAAAAGAGCAGCUCAGACAAGUUGCACCGAAAGACGGAGAAAAGAGGCACAAGGGAGCAUCACAGAAAAGAGGAGAGGAGGCAAGAGGGUAUGAGCAGCUCAGAAAGGAGACGCACCAGAAGUGAUGGGAUCAAGGAGUAUGAGCAUAGGAAGACUCAAAGUGAAGAAGGAAAUAGACCAGUUGAAAAGAAUAGCAAUAGAGGAGAAAGAAGAAGCACCAGGUCUGAGACUAGCAAAGAACAUGAGCGACAGAAUACCCAAGAUUCGAGUACCACAAGGAGGAUGAAUAAUAAAGCAGACAACAUACGCAUCAAUGAUGGAAAGGACCGAAGCCGCACUGACGAAAACAGACUGCAUGCUUCGCCUGUUAAACCUAAUCAUAAUGCUCAAAAUCUGAGAAAAAAUAAAGAUGACAAAAGGAGGACAUCUGGCAGAACUGAAGAAUCAUCCAGGAGCAAAGCAUCAAGCAGUCGUGAUGACUCUAAAGGUUAUAUAAGUUCUGAUAGACAUAGUGUCAAAGAGAGUAUAAAAGGCAAAGGGAGGGUUGAUAAAGAAAAACAAAUUGGCACUCCAGACAAAGGAUCAAAGAACACUCCAGAUAAUGCAGGGAUCCCCAAAAUGAGUGAGGAUGGUAAUAUUCAAGUGGAGAGCCUCACAAAAGCAAGAAAAAACUCUCCAAUAAGGUUAACCACUAGUUGUGAUAGUUCUGCCAUGGCAGAAGAGAGUAGUCCAAAAAGAAAAUUAACCUUUAUGGAAACUCUGAACCUGACUGUCUCACCAAUUAAAAGGCAAAACAGCUCUGAACAAGCUAAAGAGCCAGUUCAGCCACCUCCUGAGGACACCCUUGUAAGCAACUCGACUAAGGACAGAAGUUCGUUUGAGGUUGGAGAAGAGUUCUGCGUGAUUGAUGAAGUAGUGGAUGACUCUAUGGAUGACUCCCUGGCUCUCCCUACCAGUACAACCACACAGCCACAUUAUAAAGAACCACCAACAAGCCUGGAAGUCAAGGGAAAGGAACUUGAAUUACCAGAAAGGUUUGAUGGUGACCUGAGUAAAACUCGAUCUGGGAAAAUGGAUGGUACAGAUUCAGAGAUAAAGGAAGAUGAAUCCAUUACAAAAGCAGAUUUUGUAAAUACAGAUGUAUGUCCCACUAGCAUUUCUCAGAAAUGUGUGGUAGAUAAGACUGCUGUUCCUGAAGUUCCUAUAGCCCCAGAAAGAGCUAAACCAGUUGACAGUCUCUCUGUUACUUUAACUGAUGUUAGCUGCAAAGAACAAGACUCUCAGGCUUCUGUAAAGAAAGACAAAGAAAGGAGAAGGAUCGGUACUCAGAAUUCUAGUGAAGGUGGCCAAAUAGAUGAUAAACCAGAGGCAUCAGUUCAAAAUGACAUACCUCAGCAGGAAGUCGCUACCUCUAUCCUGGCAACUGCUACGGCCAAGACUUGUUCAAAUACAGACCCCUCUGUGUUUCUGGAAGUUGUUUCUAGCACUGUUAGUGUGGAAAAUAACCACCAAAGCAAAGAAACAAUAACUGUUUCAGACAUGGACAUCACACGAGGCCUUGAGAACCCAGAUCCUUGUCCAGGCCCACUAGUAGGGCCAAACGCUGAGGUGAUUAAUGUCAACACAGUACUACCUGAACAAGCAAGCUCCUCUGAGCCUGAUUCCACAGAGAAUGAGAUGGAGAUCUCCAGGCCUUCCCGGUCUGUAUUGGUGCCUCAUGAUGAAGAUUCCAUGAUGCUGACCCUGAGAAACAUUAAAGUAAUUCCAGAAGCCAUCAGUCCUCUUACAAGUCCAGUUCGCCAGAUAAAGAAAUCCCAGCAGCAGCACUUAGGAAAGGAGCCACAUGUCAAAAGUCUCAGCAAAGAUUUCUCCACAUCAGCCACUGUGGCAGAUAAGGAUGCAGUCAAGAUGGACAUGAACAAAGAAAACAAGAGACCUGAUUGCUUAGACAUGCCUAGUGUGCAGAAAGAUCAGCAAGAGGCUCUUUCCUCUACUGCUACUGAAGAAGACUUGGAAGAAGGGGAAAUUAUCAGUGAGAGUGAUGGGGAAGGUGCUCUGGUCAUUCAGAGUCCUCCAAAUGAAAAAAGAUCAUGUUUACGGAAUCAGCCCAGUCCCAGAUCACCAAGGUUACAAAAAAAAUCUCAAAUGCAACCCGCCGUUACUCCCAGCCGCAAAGAACAAGAGAAAAGCACGACUCCUAAAGACAGUCCCUCCUCGAACAAGAGGCGUUUCAAAACUGUCACUGUUCCACCCAAGGCGAAAAUUUCAACUUCUGCUGAAUUUAUGAACAUGUUGUUAUUUAUACGGUCAGAGCUGAGACGAAAGUACAUGAAACUUCAUAAAAAUGUCACCAAACCAGCUUUUUGCUGCAUCAUUGAAAUGUCUCAGGCUUCUUUCACAGAAUUUGUUGACAGCGUUAACUUUCACAAAUUUUGCAGUCAAGGAAAUGAAAUCAAACCCCGGCUCAAUAAGAUCAUCUGUUCUGUAAUGAGCAAGGUCUCUAACAAUGGCAUUGUGAACCGUAUCUUUGAACAACGAGCUGAAGAUCUCAAGCAGAAGCUGUGGAACUUUGUAGAUGGCCAGUUUGAUUUCUUGUUUAAGGAGCUAAAAGCAGCACUUAAAGGUGCUCCAGAUCUUUCCAAGAAUAAAUCAUCUUUAGAAAGUAAGCAGUCAAAUCCUAGGGCAAAAGAGGAUUUGAAUGUGGAUCUGUGCACACUACAAGCUAAAGAACCUUUGAGCACAACUGAAAACAGACCACAUAAAAAGUCUCAGGGUGAAAUAGAAAGCGAGGGCCAAAAGGUCCAGGAGAAGAUCACUUCUUCAAACAGUUUGCCAUGUAGAGGCCUUGGCAGCAGUGGUAAAAACAUAAAGGCAACCAUGGAGGAGGGGACCAAGGUACCAGAGGUAUCCACACCUAACCAGUGUAAUCAGCUACAAGCAGAUUCAUCCUCUGAGAAAUCUCUCCAAGAAGGUGUCCCCGUACAUGAGAACAAAACCUCCAACUACACCCGCCGUCUUUCUCACAGUGGAUCAAUACAAGAUAGGGCAGACUUUGAAAUUCUGACAGAGCAGCAAACAUCAAGUUUGACCUUUAAUCUGGUAACUGAUUCCCAAAUGGGAGAUAUAUUCAGAUGUCUCUUGCAAGGAUCUGAUCUGCUAGAGAGUGGCGAUAAUCAGAACUGGCCACUCAACACUCCACGGAAAGAAGGUCAAGCUGGAGAGAGUCUCAUUGGGGUCAUGACACCCAGCAAGAUGAUAACACCCUCGAAGCUCAUCACAACAUGGACAUCUGUUUCACCUUACAAGUUUCAAAUGCCAAUAAAUCCAGCACUCCUUGAUGAAAACUGCAUGUUGGAAGUACCAUCUAAUGCUCUUCCUAACCAGUCUGCCCCUGCUGUGGUCACAGUGAGUUCCCAGCAGCCUUUCUCUAUUUUGGCUGAAGAUUUGGCGGUAUCUCUUACCAUUCCCUCUCCCUUGAAGUCAGAUGGCCACUUGAGCUUUUUGCACCCAGCUAGUGGACAGUCACUGUCCACACCAAGCAACAUCAUCAGUGCUCACUACAGUGAGGAUGCACUUCUUGAUGGAGAAGAUGCCACCGAGCAAGAUAUUCACUUGUCUCUCGAAACGGACAACUCCAGCAGUCCGUCAAGUACCAGUGGAAAUUGGGAGGCUACAAAUCCAGCAAUUUUCCAGUUCAAACCAAACUUGCCUAUGCAGGCAGAGGUAAUGGAGAGGUCCAAUGAUCACUUUAUAGUUCGGAUCAGACAUACCUCUCGUGGGGUACAAGAGGAACCCAAACAGGAGCAGAAAGAAACGCUGCCAGCUGCAGAGGUUUUGUCUUCACGUACAUUGGAUCGGAGACUACACUUGGCAGGUCAGCCUCAGGUCAUCUCAAAUGAAGGAAGUGAAGCUGAAACAUCAAGCAAGAACACCUCAGAUGGUGUGCUUGCAGGAGUCAGUACAGCCAUCUUGCCCAAAACCACUGAGAACCAGAUCGAGCAAGCUGACGAAGCUUCUGAUGCCACUGGAGUCACUGCUGCCAAAGAAUCUGAGCAUGAAUUAAAGAAUGCAUGCCACAGGGUGUCCAGGAAGCGUAAGAAGCAUCAUUCAGGGCCAAAAGCAAAACAUUCUCGAAGAGAGAAAUCGCAAGACAAACAAGAAAAACAAAGGCACAAAAAGAAGUCAAAAUCAUCCAAGGAUAAAAAUGAGAAGACUCCUUCAAAGAAGAUCAAGACUCCAUCUCCUCAGUUGUCUCCUAACAGUCUCUCUGCUAAGAACGUAAUCAGGAAAAGAGGAGAAGUGGUGGUGACCUGGACCAGGGAGGAAGACCGAGAUAUUCUUGUUGCGCUAAAAACGAAAGGAGCUUCUUCUAAAACAUUUGCUGCUCUGUCAUCCAAGUUGAGAAAGUCACAAGCACAGAUUGAAGAGCGAUUCACCCAGCUCAUGAAACUGUUUAAGAAGAAAGAGAAAAUGGAGAGCUAAGCCACUGAGACUGCAGGAUAAUGGCUAACUAUUCUUAGUCUUGGCACUGCAAGAUUGAAGAGCCACAGGCAAAGAAACCAGCAGAAACCAGUUCUUGUCACUGGAUUUUGACAAGCUGGAGUGUUUUUUUUUUUUUUUUUUUCUUUUUUCAGUGCUCUUUUGAGGAGGGAAGCACUGUGUAAUAAUCUACAAUACUCUGGUCGAGAGUCAUUUUCUAUUUUGGCACCUUCAGUUAAGUUUAUAGGUCAUUAUGUUAAAUUCUAGGCAUCAGCUGAAAUCAGUAGAUGUUGACGUCACUCAGUCCAUCACAACAUUUUGCAUCCAUACAGUUCAUUUGGUGUAAUUUUCUUUUCUUUUCUUUUUUUUUUUUCACUUUACAACAUGAUGUCUGAACUGAACCUGAGGUGGCUUUCCAUUAAAGACACUGGAGUCAUUUUUGCCUAGUACCAGCUACCUCUAAGAGACUGGAAUAAGCAUGCUUGAAUGAGAAGUAAAAAGUAUGAGGUGGUGUAAAGCCUGACAGAGCAUAUACCUGUGCUCAAUAAGUCUUUACCCAGAAAAUAUAAGCUGUCACCAACAUUACCAUACAGAACUUAGUUCCUUUUUUUUUGUGUACUUCAUAUAUAAUUAUCUUCAUAAAUCUUAGCGAUCCAAAUCACAAAGACACGAUAAUUCAAAUUGAAGCAGAUCAAACUAUUAUCUCAAAGGCUCCAAAUAAACAUGCAUUCAGUUGUUCAUGACAAUUCAUAGUAAUUUCUUUAAAGUCAAUAAUUGAACGGUUAAAAUUUUGUCUCAAUCUCAUUGUCCUGAACUCAGGAUUUUACUGCUUCUCAGAUUAUCACCAGGCCUGCAGGCUUGUCUUGUAUAUAUGAUAAAUGUGAGAGUUGUUAGAAGGCUUUUAUUACUUAAUAAAUUUAUACCAUUUUUAUUUCGCCCUGAAUGCAGAGAUUACUAGACAGCCUUCUGUCAAACUUCCUGUUUGAAUAAAUAUUCUGUAAAUAUUGUAAAAUGCAGGAAACUUUUUUACUUUUUAAAAUAAAGUUAAUUUAUUUCAA